CUGGCAUGCGCCCUUGUGAAAUCUAAGCCAGCCUUCUCUCUUCUUUAGAUGUAAAGGCACUUUCUACAAGCUAUCAGCACCUAAUAAUGAGGCGCUUUCUACCUUGUUUUGGUGCCUCCAGACGCCGAAAACACCUUCAAACUCAUGUAGCAGAUGAAGAUCUCAAGCGUCAACCUGCAGAGCAAACGAUUCUUGAAGAACCCAUUACCGACACACGAUCAAAGUAAGUUAUCCAUACCGACCUACUCAAAGCUUAUAGAAUUUUUUUUUCCCACUGCAGAGCUUACUCUCUUAUCUUUUUCUUUCUUCUCAUUUAGCUGCUUCUUAAUUAUUACGAUUAGCUACGCCGUUCAUCACGUGGCAUUAUAUCUGGUAAAUUUGUUCAGAAUAAAACUUGAAAAGCAAUCAUCUAAGAGGGGCAUAAAGAAAAGUACGCAUGACCUAAGUGCAAACGCCUAUGAAGAGUUUUCUACGAAGGAGGCAAAGAAGUUGGAGGAAAGCACUGCAGAGCCAGAGAGAAGAGGGAAUGAAGCGACCCCUCACAUAAAGUAUGGUCCCGAGGCCACUGCUGACAGCUUGAAGGAUGAAAAGAAAGGUGAACAUGAAGAGGCAGAUGAGGUUAAUCAAAAAUCGCUUCUCGCAGAGUCUUCAGAGUCAUUGUUCUCUCUAUCCAUUGAUUCUAGUAAGCAGGUUACUGCAGAUGAAAAAGCCGAGUAUGAAGUUGACGGUCCUAUGCCACUCGGGGGUGCUGCCUCAAACACAAAAAAGGGACCUGGCUCUUUUGGGUCAAGCCACGACGGAGUUCAAGGAAAGCCCGUCAAGGCAGAGGAAAAUCUUGCUCAAGGAAUGCCUGUCAAAGUAAAGGAUAGCCCAGAUUUCUUCAUAACUAAACUUGAAGGGACAUCAAAACGGAAUGCCAAUAGGAAAGUGAACUUUGACUUGAAAGUAAAUACCAAUGAAGAGCCAUCUGCCCUGCAAAUAAUAAGGGGUGACCAAGACGAAACACCUCAAAUAAGCGAAUGCCCCAGCUCCAAAGCAUCAGGAAAGUCAUCUCACUUCUCUCGGUAUAGGUACCAAGAUUGCUCUGACGAGGAAUGCGGCGAUUUUGAUUUGGGUGAAGGUGAAUUUGUUGUUGAUGAUGCUGAAAAUGAGGGAAGAGGCAAAGGAGAUGGGGCAGUUAAUCGAACGUGGAUUCAAGAAGAGUCUUCGGAAUCAUUAUUUUCUCUAUCCACUGAUUCUAGAAAACAAGUUUCUGGAGCUGAAAAAGCGGAUAAUGAAGCUAACAGUCCAAUGCCAGAAUCUUUCGUCGGCAGGCGUGGAAGGAUUCAAAAUGUGUCCUCAGUACUGAUUCCCAUUGAAAAUAUAAUUCAAGGGAGGGUGGGAAAAGCAACACCAAUACAGCCACUGAAAUACGAAAAGGAAAACAUCAAUUCGGAGAAAGAUGUUAAUGAUAUGCCCCAGAACGAAGAGUCUGGUUUGAAUGUGUCAAAUGGUGAAGCAAGACACAAGAAGUUCGAUGAUAAAAAUCAAGAAGAAAUCGGAGUCGAUGCCAGCCUCUCGAGCUGGUUGGUGGAAAUAGAAACCACACCCGACUCCAAGAACGCUAAGAAUUCUGUGGAAGCUUCCACAACCGUGAGUAAAAGGAGUUCGUUAUCACCAGAGAGUCAUGAAGAUAGGCCAAUUCUUGGAGCGUUGAGCUGGGAAGAGCUGAGGAAGUUUUCUGUAUCAAGCAAAGCUUCGAGAAGGUCGAAAAGCCGAAGUCCAGAUGAAACGCCAAUCAUUGGUACGGUUGGGAGCUAUUGGAGUUAUACAGGGCAAACCAUAAGCCGAGCUCCUGUAGUCGAAUUCAAAAGCGGAGUCUCACUCAUCAAUUAGUUAUAAUGGUAGUGGAUAAAGGGCGAUCGAGAGAAUUCUGAAUUUGUAUUUGUAUUUUUUUUAAAUGAUAUGGAGUUCUAGGGCACAGUUUGGAGAGAGAUUUUGAGACGAGUGCUGCUCAGCAGCCUGGGUCUCCUGGAGAUGACUCGGGAAUCGCUUUCUUUACUGUUUCUUUUCAUGGGAAUGAUUCACUCAAACAAUGCGGAUGCGUUUUAGAUUCUUCGGCGCUUUGGUUGUGGGAUACUGGGAUGUUUAUUGUGCAAAUAAAACUGGUGCUCUGUCUUCGUGCAAA